AUGUCAGAAGAGUACGACGUCCUCAUCUGCGGCAGCGGCUCGGCCGGGCUGUGCGCGGCCGUCUGGCUGGCCCGUUGCGGCAUCAACUUCAAGAUCCUCGAGCGGCGCGGAGGCCCCCUCGAGCAAGGCCAGGCCGACGGCGUCCAGGUCCGCACCGUCGAGAUCCUCGAGCACCUCGGCCUGUCCGAGGACGUGCUGAAGGAGGCCUACCACGUCCUCGAGCUCGCCUUUUGGUCGCCGGACACCACCACCGGCGGCGGCGGCAUACGCAGGUCGCACCUCGAACCCGACACCGAGCCCGGCCUCAGCCACCUGCCCCACGUCAUCUUGAACCAGGCGCGGAUCAACGAGUUUCUGAUUCGGGACAUUGUGAAGUCGUCGGGGGCGUCGCAUAUCCGCUACAGAAGUGAGAUCCGCGAGGUCGUUGUCGACAGCGAGGCAGCACGGGACCCAGAUGCCCACUGCGUGACCGUGAAAUCGAUCGAGGAUGGGGUUGAGCGUACCUAUCGUGCGAAAUACGCGUUGGGCUGCGACGGCGCCCACAGCGCCGUCAGGAAGUCGCUGGGGUUCAAGAUGAUCGGGGACAGCACCGACGUCGUAUGGGCCGUCAUGGACGUCUACCCGAGGACCGACUUCCCCGACAUCCGCAAGAAGUGCGUGGUCCAGUCCGACGCCGGCAACCUCGUUAUCAUCCCGCGCGAGGGCGACGAGAAGGUCCGGUUCUACAUGGAGAUGCCCGUCGCCGCGGCGCCGGGCGAGGUCACGCCCGAGCGGGUCAAGGAGCGGCUGGACGCCAUCUUCCGGCCGUACCGGGUCGACAUCGCCGAGACGUCCUGGUUCUCGGCCUACUCGAUCGGCCAGCGCCUCGCCGACCGCUUCACCCGGGACCACCGCGUCUUCCUCACCGGCGACGCCUGCCACACGCACUCCCCCAAGGCCGGCCAGGGCAUGAACGUCAGCCUGCAGGACGGCUACAACGUCGGCUGGAAGCUGGCCGCCGUCCUCCGGGGCCGGGCCCGCCCGUCCGUCCUCGAGACCUACGUCUCGGAGAGGCGGCGGACCGCCAGCGACCUGAUCGACUUUGACCGGCAGUUCGCCCGCAUGUUCUCGUCCGCGUACCGCAAGGAGCACGGGUACUCGACCGAGGACUUCCAGGAGUACUUCAUCAAGUCGGGCCGAUACACCGCCGGGCUCGCGACGCGCUACGGGCCGUCCAUGCUGGUACGGACCGGCGCGGAUGACGACCUGGCCCGGGGCGUGAAGCCCGGCAUGCGGUUCCCGAGCGCCCAGGUUGUACGUUUCUCGGACGCCAAGGCGAUGCAGCUGUCGCGGGCCAUACACGCAGACUCGAGAUGGUAUCUGGUCAUCUUUCCGGGUGACGCUGCUCAGCACCGUUCAAAUGAGCGUCUGCACAAGCUUGCCGACGAUCUCGAUGCUAUUCUGAAAUGGGUCACGGCGUCCGGGACGGAUAUCAACAGCUUUCUAAACCCGUUACUGGUGCUGAAGUCUGAUCGUAAGACCCUGGACGACAAGACGAUCCCCGGCAUCUUCACGCCUCAUACAGGGAAAUGGAAAGUCAAAUGCCUCCAGAACAUCUUAGUCGACGACGAGAGCUAUCAUGCAGGCCGUGGCGAAGCGUACGCCAAGUACGGCGUCGACCCAGACGCGGGCGCCAUGGUUCUCGUGCGGCCGGACCAAUACGUCGCUGCUGUAUUUGCGCUUGAAAACACCGAGUCUCUCCGGAACUUCCUCGAGUCCUUCACCCCCGGCCUGUCAAACGGUGUUCAUGAGAGCGCGUGA